CCCUAAUACAUAGAUGAAUACACAUACUACAUAAUGUAUUGAGUGGUGUUGAAAUAAAAAGGUUAUAUUUCAGAACAGCUAUCGAGUGAAGGAUUCUUCCCAAAACUAAGCAUAUUCUUUAGUGGAUAUGACAUGGAACCGCUGCCAGAUGGUCUGAUAUUUGAAGGCGUAAAAGACGAACCCGUGAAGAUGGCAGGCGCCAAUGCUGGUCAGAGCCCGAUAUUCAAAUCCCUAGAUGCCCUGUGUGGGAUACAGAUUCGGGAAGACAGACACCAGUACACACAGACGGUAUGCGAGUACUUGUACCCCAGCCACCGGAAGUUGAUUGCUGACCUUCGUCAGAGACCAGUCCAGCUGAAAUCUGUUGUGGAGUCUAGUGGUAACAGCGAACUGAAGGCAUCUUUCAACAACCUGAUCCAAGCUGUGACUACCUUCAGGUCCUACCAUGUACAGUUAGUUACAAAGUACUUCGUAUUGGGAAUGAAGAAGAAUUUGCCAGAAGAAGAUCUGAAGGCUUUGAAACCAGUGAAAGAAUUUACCAUGAGCUACAUCAAAGGUAUGAGGGACGACUGCAAGAAGUCGAUGACGUCAACGUGAUGACGUUAAGAACGUCAACGUGACACUUGGCACUACGGAAGACACACACAAUGAUGCGCAUUUAAAAAAGUAUUAUAGUAUUAUAUGUAGUUUAUUGCUCUUUUAACUCUUCCGUCCACGGGAUAUAUAUAUGUGUGUGUGUGCGUGUGCGUGUGCGUGUGCGUGUGCGUGUGUGCGUGUGUGUGUGCGUGUGUGUGUGUGCGUGUGUGUGUGUAUGUGUGGGCGUGCGUGCGUGCGUGCGUGCGUGUGUGCGCGCGUGUGCGUGCGUAAGUGUGUGUAUGCGCGUGUGUGUUGACAGUGAAUGCCAGAUACUCCACCGGCCACCGGUAUUCAUAACACUUAGCUAUAUAUAUAUAUAUAUAUAUAUAUAUAUAUAUAUAUAUAU